GCGAGGAGGCGCAGCGUCGCCAUAACCUACUGACAGUGAGUUGUAUUUUCAUUUAUCAUCCUAUCUCCGGAGAUUUAUUUGCAGUUUAUAAACGAAUUCCUGCUGGAACAUUAACAGCAGCCCAUUCCUGUGCUCAGUAAACCGGCAGACAAAAUGGCCCGCAGGUACGAUACCAGAACAACGAUUUUCUCCCCAGAAGGUAGAUUAUACCAAGUGGAAUAUGCAAUGGAAGCCAUCUCUUUGGCAGGCACCUGCCUGGGGAUUCUGGCCAAUGACGGUAUUCUCCUGGUGGCAGAGCGCCGGAAUACCAACAAGCUGCUGGAUGAAGUCUUCACAUCCGAAAAAAUUUACAAGCUGAACGAAGACAUGGUGUGUAGCGUGGCAGGAAUCACGUCUGAUGCCAAUGUUCUUACUAAUGAACUGCGAGUGAUCGGGCAGCGAUAUCUCUACCAAUACGGAGAGUCCAUUCCGUGCGAGCAGUUGGUUUCCUGGCUUUGCGACGUAAAGCAGGCCUACACGCAGUACGGGGGCAAGCGCCCCUUCGGAGUCUCCAUCCUCUAUAUGGGCUGGGACAAACACUACGGCUAUCAGCUCUACCAGUCGGACCCCAGUGGAAACUACAGCGGCUGGAAGGCCACUUGCAUUGGCAACAACAGCUCGGCGGCCAUUUCCAGCCUGAAGCAGGAGUACAAGGAGGGCGAGAUGACUCUAGCGAGCGCAAAGUCGCUGGCUGUGAAGGUGCUGAGCAAAACGUUGGAUAUGACCAAACUGACGUCGGAAAAAGUCGAAAUGGCCACGCUGUCCAGAGUCAACGACAAGACUGUCAUCAACAUCCUAAACGCGAAAGAGGUGGACGCAUUGAUUGCGGAGUAUGAGAAGAGCGAGGCGGCCAACGAGGCCUCCAAAAAGGAGCAGACCAAAGUGACCGCCUAAGCUGCUAAUCUAAUGUUUAAAAUUGCUGAUAAAUGGUUUUGUAUUUA